AUGACCCAGGCCUCCGCCACCCCCGGCGUCAUCGAUGCUGCGAUGCCGGCGCCGCCGGCCGCCUGGUGGAUGACCAACUUUGCCAACAUGUCGAGCACCGCCAACCCCAACGCCGAUCCCACCGCCCUCCAGGCCGCCCAGCAGGUCGUCAACCCAGACUUCAACUAUGAACUGCUCGGCCUCAACCUCGGCGACCUCUGGGCCGAUUACUCCUGGGAGGACAUUUAA